AUGGCAGCAUCAUCUAUGGAAAUCUUAGCGACGAUCCAAGCUAUUCAGACUGCUGAAAUUUCACUUGUUCGAAUAAGUUCACCAAUUCUUAUGAUAUUUGGUAAUAUCGGUGAAAUUUUAAAUAUAAUUAUUUUUGUUCAACGUACAUUUCGAAAUAAUUCAUGUGCGAUUUAUUUUCUUGCUGCUUCAUGUGUACGAUUAAUAUUUAUUAAUUUUACUAUUUUUCUCAAUGAUCUUUCUAUUGGUUAUAAUAUUGAUCCAGCAAGAACAUCGAUGAUAUUUUGCAAAUUUAAAUUCUAUCUUACCUUUUUAACGGCUAUUCUACCAUUGAGUUUUAUUAUUUUAGCAUGUUUUGAUCGAUUAAUGUUGAGUUCAUUAAGUGUAAGAACGCGUUCAUGGAGUCAACCACGAUUUGCUUGA